CUCAAUCGAUCACCGAAAUCAAAUCUGGGCUCGACUGUUCUCGCCUGACGUCGCGUCCAGGGAAAAGGAAUCGAAUCCGGAUCACAGCGCCGGGCAGAGCGAAGGAGAGACACAAUCGAGCAGACAUGUUCCGCAAUCAGUACGACAACGACGUGACAGUAUGGAGCCCGCAGGGUCGCAUUCAUCAGAUCGAGUACGCCAUGGAGGCGGUGAAGCAAGGAUCUGCGACCGUAGGACUCAAAUCCAAAACCCAUGCGGUCCUGGUCGCACUGAAGAGAGCCCAGUCUGAACUGGCAGCCCACCAGAAGAAGAUCCUACAUGUUGACAACCACAUCGGUAUCUCCAUUGCUGGACUGACUGCUGAUGCCAGACUGCUCUGCAACUUCAUGCGUCAGGAGUGCCUGGACUCCAGAUUUGUCUUCGACAGACCCCUCCCCGCAUCACGUCUCGUCACUCUUGUUGGCAGCAAAACCCAAAUCCCAACACAGAGGUAUGGGAGGAGGCCCUAUGGUGUUGGACUCCUCAUUGCUGGCUUUGAUGACAUGGGACCUCACAUCUUCCAGACCUGCCCAUCCGCAAACUACUUUGACUGCAAAGCCAUGUCGAUCGGAGCUCGCUCUCAGUCCGCACGCACCUACCUGGAGAGAUGCAUGGACAAAUUUUCCGACUGUAACCUGAAUGAUCUGGUCCAGCAUGGCCUCCGUGCUCUCAGAGAAACCCUCCCAGCUGAGCAGGACCUCACCACCAAGAAUGUUUCCAUCGGCAUCGUGGGGAAGGAAACGGAGUUCACCAUUUAUGACGAUGAUGAUGUUGCCUCGUUCCUGGAGGGUCUGGAGGAGAGGCCACAGAGAAAGGUCGCCCCGCCUGCAGAUGAACCUGCUGCCGAGGUGCCCGAUGAGCCAAUGGAGCACUGAGGCUGCGAGCUGUCCGCUGAUUCACUUCCUGUUGAUCUCAAACCAACCUGACACUUACUGCAACUCACUAGAGAGAUUUCUUAGAGGGGGGGACUUGUUGUUGUCGAGAUGUGCCACUUGCUAAACUGCUAAUCCAAAACAUUCUCUGCAGACAUCAUCCAGUGUGGUGUUGCUUUUGUAUGAGUAAAGUGUACCAUUAUACAGGUAAUAAACUCUUUUUUGGAA